GGCGCUGCGCGAAUAAGAGCUGACCUCAGUGAAAUUUUUGUUUUGCAGGCGGUUUUUCGUUUUUCAUCUCUCGCAACAAAGAAAAACGCAUUUUUCGUGCUCCUCUGGUCAAUCUAAUCUUUGGCUGCGUGAUGUGACGCAUUUGUUGUUCAUCUGGUCCAGAGAAACUGCAAAAAACGAGCAAUCAACAAAUGUGAUAAAGAGAAAUUGCAAAGAAUCACUCAAAAGGCCUGAUAAAUUUCCCCUAUUAAAUCCUAAAUAAAGAAAGUAAAUUGCAAAAAAGACAUAGAGAGAAAACAUUCCAAGAAAGUUCUUGGCAAGAUUGACUAAAAAAAAAACAGAAGACGAAAAGACUUUAAAGGAGAAGAUUUUUGGGAGUUAUUUAACAAAAAAAAAAACAAAACACAAUGUCCGCAGCUGCUAGAUCGAAGGAGAAGGUUGCUUCAGCAAUUCGCAAGUUCUUCAAGAGCCCUGAUAAGAAACACGAGGCCAAUAAUGAGGCCAGCACAAAUGGUGGACCUUCAGGGAGUCCUGGAAAACGCCUAAGACGAGGAGUGUCUCCUAGUCCAGCUGGAGGUCCAGUUCCGAUCCCCAAAGCAAUAGAUACGACAAUCCGUGCGAGGCGCCUAAUGAAGGAGUAUCGUGAGAUUCAGAAACAGAGCACACGGCCAAAUCCCAUCUUUACGGUGGACCUCGUCAAUGACAAUCUGUUUGAAUGGCAUGUACGUCUGCAUCAUGUUGAUCCGGAUAGUGCUCUGGCUGAGGAUAUGGCAGAAUUGGGUGUACCCCAUAUUCUGCUGCACCUUGUCUUCCCCGAGAAUUUCCCCUUUGCACCACCCUUCAUGCGAGUGGUAGAGCCACGAAUUGAGAAAGGCUUCGUGAUGGAGGGUGGUGCCAUUUGCAUGGAACUCCUAACACCACGCGGUUGGGCAAGUGCUUACACAGUGGAAGCUGUACUCAUGCAAUUUGCCGCGAGUUUGGUCAAGGGACAAGGAAGAAUUUCCCGAAAGUCAAAGACCUCCAAGGAAUUUACCAAGAGGACGGCCGAGGAGGCUUUCAGGAGUCUCGUGAAGACACAUGAGAAAUAUGGUUGGGUCACACCUGCUCUCUCCGAUGGUUAAUUAUCUUAUUGAUGUCGCAGUGCUCCCCCCCAUAUUAUAAUGCAUCCUUUCUGGUCAAGAAAAGAUAAAUUGAAAUUCCUAAUGUGAACUGAUGAAAAUGAUCUCGUUGUUUGUUUUUAAGUAGAAGAGGAAGAAGAAGAGCUGAGGGAUGAAAUUUGCUGCACAAGUCGGAUAAUUCCAUUGAUUAAAUGCCAUCAUAGAAUAUUUUUUCUAUAAUUUCUAGAUUUUUUUUUCCAUUUUAGUAUCCAUUUAUUGCCUCUCUCCAUUGGAAUUUCACAGAAUUUUCCUUUUGCCAUUUUUUUUAUCCUUAGGUUUUAUUUGGAUUUUAACUUAGAAAAAAAAUUGUAACUCCACUAAAGAGGAUUUAUAAUGGAUAUUUUUUUGUUGAGAAGAGAGAAAAAUGAAGAAAAAAAAAUGAGAGGAGAGAUAAGAGAUAAAUAAAUUAGAAGAGCUAUUCGUGUAA